AUGUUGGAGGACAUUGCUAAGAUCCCAAAUAUAAUGAGGAACAUAAAGAGAGCUAUAAUGUUAAUUGGUUAUGUUUAUAACUGUUCGGGUUUGUUGAACAUGAUGAGGCGUUAUAUUAGACAUAAAGAGUUGCUUAGACCUGCAACGACUCGAUUUGCCAUUUCAUUUAUCAUGUUAUCAAGCAUCCAUCAUCAAAAGGAUUGCUUGAGGAAGAUGUUCACUUCACAAGAAUGGAUCUCCAGUAAAUGGGCGAAAGAGAUAGAAGGGAAAAAUGUAGCGCAGAUUGUGUUGAUGCCUACAUUUUGGACAAGCAUUGUGUACUCUCUCAAAGUAGCAAGCCCUCCUGUUCGUGUACUUAAGUUGGUUGAUGGUGACAAAAGACCUCCAAUGGGAUAUAUUUAUGAGGCUAUGGAAAGGGCUAAAGAAGUGAUAGCUAAAGCUUUUGGUUGGAAUGAGGAGAAGUAUAAAGAUAUCUUUAAGAUUAUUGAUACUAAGUGGAAUAUCCAACUCCAUCGCCCUUUGCAUGCAGCUGGGCAUUUCAUGAACCCAGAAUAUUUUUAUAGCAAUCCAAAUAUUGAGCAAGAUGAAGAGGUGAUGGGUGGUUUAUAUCAAUGCAUAGAAAGAUUGGUUCCAACCACUAAAGUGCAAGAUAAAAUUUCUUAG